CUGCAUUCCCGUCCGCAAUCGCCAGCGCAAAAGAUCGCAUAUGAAGGGGACAAUUUAAUUUUCCCACAAUCAAUCGAGUUGGCUGAGCUUUCAUCGACGUCACGCGCCCAAGUGCUUCGUCAGCCUGAAUACCACCAGACCCUUUUGACUGCGAAUGCUUCCGGUCUGGUGGCUUUGAGAGAAAUUCUGCAUUCAGCUCCACUUCGCGUCGACAUGAGGGCUAGAUUUGGGCGUUUCGUUCUGGCCGGCAUUUGGAUCAAUUCUCCUUGCGAUCUGUCCUGUUGUCCUUUUGAGCCUCCUCUCUUGACUUCGUCCACGGCUCUGCUGGUGCUUUUUGGCUCCAGUUUCCUCUACUUGCCUGGCGACCUGCAGCCUCGCCAGGCUCGCCAGCGGCGCACAUUGGUCCGGUCGAUAAGCGAGUUCGAGUCCCAGUCAAGGCAGCCCGACCAGCGGCCCCAGCCUGUUUUUUCCCGCCUGUAUUGUUCUCAGGUCACACUCGCCAGCUCGCCAACUCGCCUGGUCGGACCGGUCGGACCGGUCGGCCACAGCUGA